AUGGCCCACUCAAAACGCAAUACUUCCCUCCCCCAUUUCACAUCCUACGAACGCAGCCUCCUCCGCAACAACUGGGGCACAAAACAAAGCACAAUCGGCCGCGACAGCUUCCUCCCCUUCGCGUCAUGCCGGCUCUGCCUCCAACCAGCCCGAACACCAGUAGUAGGCUGCGCCAGCAACGGCGACCUCUUCUGCCGCGAAUGCGCAAUCAAUGACCUCCUCGCUCAACGGCAGGAAAUCAAGCGGCUGGAGCGUGAGCGUGAUGAUGCGCGCAAGCGUAUUGCUGAGGAUGAUGAGCGGACUCUGCUUGAAGCCAAAGAGAGAGAUUUGAGAGAUUUUGAGAGGGUGUCUAUGGGGCUUGAGGCUAAGGCGGAUAUUUUUGGUUCCAACGGCGGUGCGGGGACGAAGAGGAAGGCGGAGGAGGAGAGUGAGGCUUUGAAGAAGUUUAAGGCUCGGGAGGUUGUUGUUGAUGGGAAGAGGAAGAGGGUUUUUGAGUUGGAUGAGAAGGAGAUGGCUAGGGUUGCUGGGGAGGAGAGGGAACGGUUGAAGAACGAGUUGAAGAUGGAGAAGUCUGCAUCUAGCAAAUCUGCUUUGCCUUCUUUCUGGGUUCCCUCGCUUACGCCUGGCACGGAUGCGAAUGAGAUUGCUGCGAACAAGACGGUCAAGUUGACGCCUAUUUGUCCCGGGUCGACGGAUGAGAGUCAGCAUAGCUAUUCGCUCAAGUCGCUUGUUGAGGUUCAUUUCACCGAGGAGAAGGCGUCUGAUGGGACUGUUUCGAGGGUUUGUCCUAGCUGCAAGAAGAAUUUGAGCAAUGGGCUCAAGGCGAUGCUCACGAAACCCUGCGGUCAUGUCAUCUGCUCUCCAUGUGUUACGAAGUUCAUGACGCCUCAUGAACACCAUACUCCCGACCCUCAUGCCACCAAGGAGGAGCAGGAAGCUGCUGCUGCUCUACAUGGUCAGGUUUUAUGUUAUGUCUGUGAGACGGACCUUACAGCACGUCCGCUUUCGAAGAAAGAUGAUGGCAGUGGGAGCAAGAAGUCCAAGAAGAAGGAUAAGGAAAAGGAUGCCAUCCAGCCCGGUCUGGUGGAGGUUAGUUCCGAGGGGACUGGCUUUGCCGAGUAG